AUGAGCGGAAAUAUUGUAAACUGCAAGCUCCAGGGUCAUAAUAAGAAAGAAUGUUAUAUCCUACGCCCUGAUUUAUAUUCUAAAGAGGAAGAAAAAGAUACCAAGGAGAAGACACAAGAGGAACAACAUCAUGGAAAUAGGGAAGAUUUAAAUAAUGAGGAAGAUAAAAGAACACUAGAAGAUAAAGGAAAAAAGAAGCUUCAUAAUGAGUUCCAGGAACAAAGAAGAAAAGAUCGAUAUAGAAGAGGUAGACACAAUCAUAAGGGGAGAAUGGGGAUGACAUGGAACCUAAAACCACAAGACUUGACAACUAAUAAUAAAUUUAAAGCACUGGGGGACAACAUGGAGAAUAUGGGGAAGGAUAAUGGGGAGAAAGCAAAUAAUUCCAAUAAGGAGAGUGAAGACAAAGAAAAACAGGCAGAGAAACAACUAGAGAAGGAGUCUAAUAUAGGCUCUAGCAUAAAAAACAAGCAGUAUAAUGGACAUGAAUCAAGUCCUUCUGGACAUCAACCAGAAAAAAGUGAAGAAGAGGUUGCAUUACAACAGGAGGGUCCAAAAAUCAACACACUUAAUAAACAUGAGAUUACAGAAAAGCAGGUUAAUGAAGAGGAUGAUUACAUGAAGACAAAUAUAAAAGAAGUCCGCAAGGAGAAAGAAAGUCUUUUACCUCUGAUCAAUGAUUAA